AUGUUGCAAUUUAUAUUGAAAAUCUAUAUUUUUAAGUACUUAUUAGGGCUAUAUUUCAUAGAGACGUCAUGGCAGCGCUACCAGUCGCCGCUACCAACAAAAUGUAUACAGCUCUAUAGAAAGUUACUCACCUGGUUUCCGCUUGGUUGCGCAACCAGUUUAUACUUAGUACAUAUCGCAAAUCGAAUCGUAAUGUCCUAUAGAGCAGAUGCCCAACGCGGAGCCGCAGAGGACUUAAAGGGUUGCCGGGCUCAUCGUAUUGACAUAAAGUCGAAAAUCCAUUUGGAUUGGAGUAGGAUGAUCUGCUGGCCACUGUUGAUUUCUUUAAAUAUACUAAUGGAAGAGUUGAAGUUAACCUUACUUUCUUUGACCUCACCUUACUUUCAGUUACAACCAAUUCCUCGCAUAGACUUCGUAGAUUACUAUUACUUACCGAUGCAUGACCGUUAUACUGGAGCUAUCACUGUCCUGGAAUUUAACUGCGAUUCGAGUCGCCUGUACACCUCUGGACGUGACGGAAAUAUAUUCUCUUAUGUCAUCAACUUUCCAGAACAAUUGUUACCCAUACCAGAACUUCCAACGCCUCGAGAAACCCCUAAAGUAGAAAAAGUAAAGGAACACAGCACGGUAGAAGGUGAGAUGAUGUCUCACGAACAACUGAAGCAGCAAGAGGAAUUCGACAAAAUGAUGGCGAUCGCCAACGCACAUAAAAAACGUGUUCGCGACCAACUCGCUGAUCUGACAACUGAAUACAACAAACUGAUUAAAGCGAAUAAAGCAUUACCCUAUUCUCAACAAAUAGAUGUAACACUCGACAGACGACCCUUACAAGUACAAGAGAAAGAGCUUGAAGAUGCCAAAGCUCUUACUAUAAGGAAAUUAGCACAUCAGUUGGAGGCCUCCGAUUUGGGUUUAGCAAAGAUGCAUUCUAGGAAUAUCAUACAGUUGGACGUGUAUCCUUUCACCGUGAGAGCUAUCGGCAAUCCAAACAUAAUAAUAAGACCGCUGCGCCAAAAGAAUCUCUCUGCUGCUUUCUAUGCACAAUUGGAAGAAGUAUAUCAGAAACUUGCAGAAGCCGCACUGAAAGGAAGGGAUAUGAAUUUAUUGGAAUUAGCUGAACAAGAACUAAAGCGAACGGAGUCAUCGAUUCGUCGCAUGGGUGCACGGAAGACAUCGUAUGGACCUCCGAGAGUUGCUUCGUUCUUACUAGGUUUACCUCCAAGACCACCAUACCCUCUGAAGAAAGCCCUUAGAAACUACCACGUCCGUCUAAACAGACACCAUAUCCAGUAUAUUGAGUGGCAAGAGCAUUUGAACCGUAAACCGGACCCUAACGCUAUGCCUCCUGGAGCUGCUGAAGCGCUGAAAGAAGCUGAAGCAACCAUCGGCAACCGCAUACUCAAGACCGACCCCAACUACGUCGCACCACCUGGUCAUAAUACGCAGAUGAGAGUCUGCCUCUGCAGGAAAGAGAUCUACGACCUGAAACAUGAAUUCAACGAAAAAGUGUUAGAGCUGCGGAGUCGUAAAGUACAAAUGUUACAACGUAUGAAGGAGAUUGGAGAGCGACUAUCCGAAAUUCGAAUAGAGAUACCUCCUAAAUUAGCUAAGCCACCGCCGCCCCUGCCGGAAUUUGACGACGAACUGGAAUUUCCUGAGAGACAUCUUGAAGUAAAACCAGAACCAAUAUACCCAACGAGCAGACUGCCGCAUAAGAAAUCGCAACUAGUACAGGAGCGCAAGAGAACCUCCCUGAGUAAGAUUGACCCUACCGCGAGAGUACGUCAGCCAAGAGUUAACAGAUUUGUACCCGUCACUGAAUCAAGACCCCUUUUUGCUUCAUGGGAACUUUUGAGACAGAGACAAGAUCACGAAUCGACUCCUGUUGAAAAUGAAAUUCGUGAAAGACGUAUCGAAAGACAUCUAUAUGAACAAGACAUGUUACUCAUGGACGCAGAUGACCAAGUGAGGCUGUUUGACUCCCGAUUGAAAGAGCUACAACGGGAGCGUAUAAGGGUCCAGGAAAGGAGCCUAUUAUUGGAGCUGCAUUUACAUCAAUUGCACAGAGAAAUGAACGUUUUGAAUAGGUUCGAAAUGCACGAAGAUCGCUUGGCUGAACGAGUUUAUGUCAAAUUGAUGCAGGUGCGAGCAGUACAAGAGCAAAUAAUAGACUGUGAACACCGCAUUGAAGAACAUAUGACUGAGAAGGAUAACCUGGGCACAAUGUGUGAGGACCUGCAGAGGAAAUUCAAACGUCUUGUACAAGAUAAUAAGUUUGCUGACUUCCUUCGAAGGAUAUUCAAAAAGAAAUACCGUCCGCCACGUAUUCGUGAUGAUGAUGAAUCUUCUGAGUCUGAGUCAUCAUCGUCGUCAAGCGAAGAAGAAGAUGAAGGCAGUUUGGACAGUCGAGACAUCGGGCCAAUACGCCUCGACCCCAACAUAUGUCCCGAGGGAUGCGACAGAGAAACCUAUGACAAAACUUUUGAAAUGAGAAAUACCAGACACAAGCAUGAACAGAAUAUGAUGGAGCAAGAUCGUCUGGUUGAACUUUUGAAGCGUGACAUUGAGGCUCAUAAUAAGGUCAAGCGCAAACUCUCCAUGCAGUUGGAUCAGAGGAAGAACGAUCUUAGAGAAUUUAUGUUGGAGAAACAAACCUGCAUGAACGAAGUAGACACUGUAGUGGUCCUACGGUACGAUCAGAUCAGAGCAGCUGCUAUCGUCGGCUGCACUGGUCCUCAGGGUCUGUCACAAACUGUGGUAUUUCCCGAAGCGUUACUAACUCGACUUAGGAAACGAGUGCUUGAACUUCUGGAAGAGAUUAAAGAACAGAAAUUACGGCAAAGGAUAAACCGCACGCACUUGUUCCGUAUGAACAUAGACCUGCGCGCGAUGGAGGCAGAAGCGACGGACCUACGCGCGCAAAUGCGUGACGUGUUGACACGCAAGCUGGGCCGGCCGCGCAAGGUGGACCGCACGCUCGACGACCUGCUGCGACAAAUGGCGCGCCGCCACAAGUACGCGAUCACAUACGCCACACUACCGCACGUAAUAGCGCAGCUCCGCACAUGGAGUGAGCGACAUAGUACUCUCGAAAAGAAAUAUCUGAAAACUCUAAACCACUACUCUGAACGCUUGCGAUUGACAGCAGCGUUGCAAGCAGAAGUUCUACCUCAAAAGCCUACGAAGAUUCCUGUCGAUAUGGCUGGUGGUUACAACCCGGAAAUAUACCAGCGUGACGUAAUGCGUCUACUGAUAGUGCGACAAAGACAAAAACAACAAAUUAAGCAACUACAAGAAGAGAUCGCAAGUCUCCGAGAGAAGCCGCUGUCCUAUAGGGCUGCACCAGCGACCUUCACACCUUUUGAGCCAGAGCAAUCGGACAUUUACCUGUUCAUGGUUCCUCGGUCCCACCAGCAACACCGGAAAAAAUACUUUCCAUUAACGCCUUUAGGCUCCAGAACGAAAUUAGGACGUGAGGUUAAUAUAACAACUCUGUUAUACGACUGCCUUGACGCUAUGCAUGUCUCACGGGACGAUGCGGAACUUCUGUUGGUUGACGUCAUGAAAUUACUACCUGACGUUGUAACCGGAAAAUGUUCUCGAUAUGAAUUGGUUGAUACGACCGUACGUAAGUGGCUGUUGAAAUCUGGCGGCGACCCCAGUCAGUACAAGAAACAAACUCGAGCAUUUGAUGCUUUGGCUGCCUUGACAGAUCGUUUAGUCAGAGAACAAAUAGAAGCAAUGGAAGCCCCAGAUGAUGCGGAAGGUAUUAUAGAAGAUUUAGAAGACGCCCUGAGGGAUUUGGCGGAAGAAUCCGAUACACUGGCUGAUCGGCUCGGACCAGCCAUCGCAGCAUUAUUACAUUCCGCACACUUCACUACUAUGGAAGAUCCUGAAACGUUGGCAUCUCUUGUGAAGUCUGUCACGGAUGAAAAUCACCCAAUCACAAAGGACAGCGUUGACCGAAUUUGUUCCUUUGACCUCCUUGAAGAUAUUAAAGAUUGUGGUAUUGACCUGCCGACUGAAGAUCUGCGACAAGUCGUCGGCUGUGCACUGGAUGCUUUAAGAGCACAAAUAAUCGAGCCAGCAGAAGCAUCAGAAGUUCAAAAGGAAGUUCAGAAGGUAUUGCGAGACAAGGACAUUGAAGCGAUGAUCAAGAAAAGCAUCGUUAGCGUUGCAUCAGACCGCAAAACACUUGAAAGUGAAACGUCUUAUGUUCGUAAACGUAAAACAGACUCUCAAGACCGGCCAUCUGCGGAUCGCAAAUCAAUUUUGACUGCCUCAGCUAUGUCGGAGCACAAAAGUUUACCAACCCGUGUGUCUAUCACCACUGAAAACAUUCAUGGUAGAAGUAUUAUACUAUCACCGCAUGAAAAGCACGAAGCUAAGUGCAGUACCAUGACAUUGGACGAACGCAAAAUGUUAAUAGAACGAAUCUCCACAAGUAUUCUAGGACGGGAUAAAUCAAGCCAAUCUACUGGGAUUAAGGACAAACCCAGUGUCCAAAUUAACCUUCCACCAAAGGAAAGCCCACAAACAGAAGGCGAACAAACACAAGACAAACAAGCAGAAGGCGAACAAACUGAUGACAAACAAAAAGAAUUGGAACAAACAGAAGGUGAUCAAGCAAAAGGCGAAAAGACAGUAGACGAACAAGCAGCAGCCGAAACAACAGAAGCCGAAUUAGCACAAGAUAAACAAGCAGAAGACAGACAUACAGAAGCCGAACAAGCAGAAGGCGAACAAACAGAUGCCCAACAAGUAGUAACCGAACAAGCAGAUGCCCAACAAGUAGUAACCGAACAAGCAGAAGCCCAACAAGUAGUAACCGAACAAGCAGAAGCCCAACAAGUAGUAACCGAACAAGCAGAAGCUGAACAAACAGAAGCCGAACAAGCAGAAACCGAAAAAGCAGAACACAAACAAAAAGAACGCGAAGAAACGGAAAUCGAAGAAGAUGAAAUUUAA